GACAAGAGUUUGUGCUUCUUGAACUCAUAAAGGUGUUUCUGGAUACAGCUGGUUUGCUCAGGGUGGAGGCUGUUGUGGGAACGCACAGAGUCAUUGAACUAUUCAAGAUAGCUGUGUGUCUUCAGACCUCCAGGGACAUUCGCUUUACUCGGUUGACAUUGACUGAGGGUGAUAAUGGCGAGGAAGGGUUCUUAUAAAGAUGUGUCUGGAGUGGUGUUUGACACACAUUCUAAAAUGGCGAUGUCUCAAGGAGGAACUUUCGAGAACAUGAAGGAGAAGAUUAAUGCUGUGCGGGCUGUGGUGCCCAAUAAGAGUAACAAUGAGAUUACUUUGGUGCUCCAGCACUUCGAGAACUCUGUGGAUCGAGCAGUGCAAGCAUUUGUAGAAGGUAGUGCUGUGGAGAUCCUGAAAGAAUGGAAUGUAACUGGAAAAAAGAAGCCCAAGAAGAAAAAGAAGUCAAAACCUCAGAAUGAGGCCCUUCUGGACCCCGCCCCUGACGAGUCAACACCGGAUGUUGAAGGUUCAGAGGCUGUUAAUGGUUUCCACGCCAACGGCUCGGCAGGUGCUGACGUAGAUUCCCUAGAUUCUCUUAGUGAGCAGCUAGACUCAGUCUCCCUGGAUGUACCUGAAAUGGAUGCGGAUAUUGUUGCUCCUGAGAUUUCAGAUGCCACAGGUGGGGAGAUGCCAUCAAACCCAACAACCAGCCCCAACCCUCAGCCCGGCCCCAGAAUUGAAGCGCGACAGAACCAUCACAGUUCACGAACUAAUAAGUCUCAAUUCAAGCCUGUUUCCAGCUCCCAGAAUUCUUCUGCCUCCGUUCUCUCUACAGAAUGGGAAAGAAUGGGAGCUUCAUCUGCCAAAAAAAUUGGCGCUAAUGUUGACCGCUCUGUGAAAGACCUACAGCGUUGUGCGGCAUCACUCACUCGAUACAGAGUCGUGGUGAGAGAUGAGAUGGAUUCGUCUAUCAAGAGAAUCAAGCAGACGUUUGCUGAGCUCCAGAGCUGUCUGAUGGAUCGAGAGGUGGCGCUCCUUGCUGAGAUGGACAAAGUCAAAGAGGAAGCCAUGAUGAUUCUGGACGGCCGUCAGAAGAAAGCGGAGGAGCUCAGGAGACUCACUGAACAAUCGACAUCACUGACAGAGGAACAGCUUACAGAACUAAGAGCUGACAUUAAGCACUUUGUCAGUGAGCGCAAGUAUGACGAGGAUCUUGGUAAAGCUGUGAAGUUCUCGUUUGAUCUAGAACCGCUCAAGUGCAGCAUCAUGUCUUCUGGAUCAGUCUAUCAUCCUCAGACGAGCUACUCCAGCCGUUCUCGCUGUAGCUCCACCUCUUCCUCUGUCACAGGACCCACCCCUGUGAAAGCCCCGCCCCCCUCUGAGCUUCAACAUCAGGCUUCUGCUUACGUCGGCCGUCCCGGUGUGCCACACAAACAGAUUUUCCAGGGCAACAGGCGCAUUAUUCACGGUUAUCAAGGAAAUCAGCGAUAUAAUGGAAAUGGACCUCCUGACCGAAACCCAGGCCGAAACCCUGGACGGACCAACUACCGCAACCAGGGUGAUCGUUACCAUGGAGACCGCAGUCACCAGAGCGACUAUGGGGAGGCCCCAAACUCUCAGACGACCAAUAGCGUGAAAGGCCCCUCCCAUUCCUCAGUCUACCGCUCAGAUCGCCCCUCCCACAAUGGGCUUCCACAGAGGCAACCACGGACCCACUGCCCAUGACCCAAUCACACUUAACCUUGAUUACUUCUUACAACACACCCAUCACUGAUGUUUACACAUCACCUGUUGAGCUGUGACCCGGUCCCCCCUCUCUCUCUUUCUGUCUCUCUCUGUCUCUCUCUCUCUCUCUCUCGCUUAUGUAAAGGUUUUGUGUUUGAGUCAUUGGUAAGUGAGUGCUACUGUCAAGUGUUGAGGAAGGAAAGAUUCCAGUUUUGCUUUUUGUAUGUUAAAAGUCUGUGAAGUUCAACACUAAGAUGACAGCCAGAGUUUCUGUGUGUGUGGAGGUCACAAAGAGGCUGAGAAUUAUAGUAAGUGUGUGCGUGUGUAGGGUUAGAGAGGCUGAGGGUUAGGUUAUCUGGAGAUGUGUUCUCAGAUCUGUCUGUGCCCUGUUGGCGCAUGUUCAUCUUUUCAUGCAUGAUAGUCGCAUUGAAGUUGUUUGACUGAAGCUGUUCUCAGUUUCUGUUUGUCUUUGUCACGUGCCCUCGAUCGGUGCUAACGCACAAGUCUUUUUGACUGAGUCUCAUGAUAUACCUCACUCACACAUGCUCUUCACAAUCUGCUCUCAUGUCAAUCUAACCGAUGAUCGUCUAUGUUUGCAUGAUCAGUACCACACGCCCCAGUAUGUAAAGAUGCUGUUCUGUUUUUCAGAAUGUCUGGAUUGUUUUGCUAACGGUUACAUAUGAAGGUUCAUGUUGUUCGUCCAGCACUAGUUUCUCAUUUCAGUCCUGUAUAUAUGUAACAGUAUGUAUAAUGUUUUUCUAGCCUCUGGCCAUGUAUGUAGUGAUAAUAAGAUUGAACUCUCAGUUAAGCAGUUGUGUUCUUCCUCAUGUAUUGAGAAAAACGUGUGUUUUCUGUCAGAAAUCUGAGAUCGCUGUAAAAUCUGAAGUGCCUUCAGUCGUGUGCUUUAUCUUUUUUUUUGUAUUCAUGUUGUUUUUCUGCUCCCGUUUGGACCAAAGACAUCAAACCCAUCCAGACACGCUGCCAUUAGAUACCAUCUGCUCCUGUCAUGCAGACUGCACUAGCAAACACUGGUCUUUUUUCUUGCUAACUGACCUCCUACUUUUUCUUUAAUUAUGAAUAAAGGAUUAGUAGCAGAUGCUCA